GUACCAUAUGUACGGUACCCAUGUCAAUACACUUCUAGUCUACCUGAAACCAAGUACUGUACAAGGUCUUGGAACCAAUAUUUGGAAACAAAUUGGUAACCAAGGGAACAAGUGGAUACUUGGGGAAGUUACAAUAGCACCAUCUUCACCUAGCUACAAGGUUAUAUUCCAAGCUCUACGAGGAAUCAGUUACCGUGGUGACAUUGCUCUAGAUGAUAUCAGAAUGUCUUUAGGAGCUUGCAAACAAGCAGCUAUGACUUGUGACUUUGAGCAGAGCUCAAUUUGCAACUACGUACAGGACCAAUCUGACACACCCAACUUUGACUGGACUUGGAAAUCUGGUGGUACUGGCUCAGCCAGUACAGGACCACCUUCUGAUCACACUACCGGAACCCGAACUGGACAUUAUAUCUACAUUGAAACAUCAGCACCAAGGCAACCAAAUGACACUGCUAGAAUUUCUACACCAAACUACACACCACAGAGUUCUGCCCCUGUGUGUGUCAAGUUUUGGACACAUAUGUUUGGAGUUGAUGUCAACACACUGAAUGUAUAUCUUGUUAACAGUCAACAGCCCUCUAAGAGAAACCUAAUAUGGACACGUUCACUAAACCAGGGUAAUGCAUGGAGACAAGCAGCUGUCACUGCUAACCCUAGUGGUCAAUACAAGAUUGUGUUUGAAGGAAUUAGAGGAAAAGGUUACCAUGGUGAUAUAGCAAUAGAUGAUGUCUCUAUCUCAAAUGGGGCUUGUAGUGGACAAGGAGACAAAUGUGACUUUGAGAAAGAUACAUGUUUCUGGAAGAACAUAAACCAAGGGGAUGAUUUUGAUUGGUUAAGAUCUCGUGGGAAAACAGGCAGUUCAUUUACUGGACCAAGUACAGAUCACACACAAGGAACCAACUCUGGAUACUACAUGUUUAUUGAGACAAGUGCCCCUAGGGUUAAAGGUGACAAGGCAAGGCUUAUCAGUAAGGUUUAUCCACCGUCAGGACCAAAGUGUUUCAACUUUUACUUCUACAUGUAUGGUGCUGACAUUGGAUCUCUCAAUGUUUACGUUCUGACCAACGCCUCAUCAUCAGCUUUCUCCUCGGAAGCAUUGAAAUGGACAAUGUCUGGAGAGAAUCCAAACAAUUGGGAGCAGGGAUCAUUCAAUCUCACUUCCCAGUAUACAUCAAACCCAUAUGAGAUAAUAUUUGAAGGAAUUAGAGGGAAGGGUUAUAGAGGAGACAUUGCUAUUGAUGGUACAGCAUUAGUUGAUGGUGGAUGUACACAAUUUCCAGAUAACUCUCAACCAAGUCAAUCAUCACUUGGAACAGUCACAUGUAACUUUGACUCAGAUUACUGUCAAUGGAUUCAAAGCACCACUGAUCAGUUUAACUGGUCACGCAUCAAUGGCUCUACCUCCAGCCAAGGUACCGGUCCCUCUAGGAGACCAUACUAGUGCUGGUCAAUCAGGGUAUGGGACAGGAUCAUACAUUUAUAUAGAAGCGUCUGGGCGACACACACCUGGUGACAAAGCUGAUUUGAUGACUCAGAUCAUACCUAGCACUUCUCCACAGGGCAGAUGCUUUUCCUUCUGGUAUCAUAUGUAUGGUGGAUCUAUAGGGAAAUUAAACAUCUACAGUAUAUCAGGGGGACAGCAGACAUUACUCUGGACGAAAUCUGGUACUCAAGGAAACAAAUGGCAACAAGCAAGUCUUAACUACGUCAGUAAAACUGAUUUUAAGAUGAUGAUAGAAGGAACAACAACAGGUGGUUACCGUG